AAGAAAAUCCAAGAUGGCGAGAGGUCGACCUAGCACUGGAAAAGGCCCAGGAAGAGGCGUAAAACACUCUAAAACAUCUGCUUGGCAGUGGACUGAACACACCGAACCGAAGAAAAUCACUAAAGAGAAUUUAGAAWCAGCUUAUUGUAUUCAUACAGCGCCUUGUGUGAGGGGAACGUGCAGGAUAAAUUGCAAAUUCAAUCCUAACUGUCUCAAUGGACUUGGUGAAAAAUUAUGGUUGGGGGAAAUCCAAGAUAAUUACUGGCAUAACCUAGAGGACCCUGAGUUGGAGAAAAGAGCACAGGAUGCUUUUGUAGGAUUAAAAAACCUUGGUGCUACUUGUUAUGUCAAUACUUUCCUUCAGCUGUGGUUCCACAAUACAAGACUCAGGUGGGCUUURUACCACUGGACUAAUCUUGACGCUGAUGUUAAUAAGGAUGACAAAGAAAAUGGUGGUGCCAAUAACUCUGAAAAUAAAGAAACCAUGCAGACAGAUGAUAAAACUCCAGCCGAUGAAGAGUCACCAUCAACGAAGAAGAAUGAACCUCUAGAAGAAGACAAGGCUGUUGGUAAUGCGCCAGCAAAGAAAAUGCCACCGUUGCUACCAUCAAGUUGUAUAAGCACAGAAGACUCAGACAGUUUUAUUAAUAUAUGUGCACACCUUCAGCUCAUCUUUGCACAGUUACAGUACAGUUCUAGAAGGUAUAUAGAUCCUACAUCAUUAAUACACAGUUUAGGCCUGGACACAGCACAACAGCAGGAUGCUCAAGAAUUUAGUAAGCUCUUCAUGUCUUUGCUUGAAUCAACAUUAUCUGAACAGCCAAAUCCUGAAGUCAGGGAAGUGAUUCAGAAUCAGUUUGGUGGAACAUAUUUUUAUGUCACAAAGUGUGACAAGUGCGGUCAUAAAUCCAAACGGCUAUCAGAGUUUUAUGAGCUUGAUCUUAAUAUCCAAGGGCAUACCUCUCUCAACCAGUGUAUCAAAGAAUUUCUUAAGGUAAUAUGUAAUYUAAAGUGCAGAACUUAA